UCCGGUCACGUGACGGCGCGCAGGUGAGCACCGCUUCCGGGGUCGGGAGCCCGGAUCGCGGCCGGCUCCGGCUUCCCCUCGGUCGGGUACGCGGGAGGCGAUGGCGUCCUCUUCGGUCCCGCCGGCCGCUGUCCCGGCGGCGACUUCGGCCCCCGGCCCGGGCUUCGGCUUCGCCUCCAAAACCAAGAAGAAGCAUUUCGUGCAGCAGAAGGUGAAGGUGUUCCGGGCGGCCGACCCGCUGGUGGGCGUGUUCCUGUGGGGCGUAUCCCACUCGAUCAAUGAGCUAAGCCAGGUGCCGCCCCCAGUGAUGCUGCUGCCGGAUGAUUUUAAAGCCAGCUCUAAGAUCAAGGUCAACAAUCACCUUUUCCACAGGGAAAAUCUGCCCAGUCAUUUUAAGUUCAAGGAGUACUGUCCUCAGGUCUUCAGGAACCUCCGUGAUCGAUUUGGCAUUGAUGACCAGGAUUACUUGGUGUCCCUUACCCGAAGCCCUCCAAAUGAAAGUGAAGGCAGUGAUGGUCGCUUCCUUAUCUCCUAUGAUCGAACGCUCGUCAUCAAGGAAGUUUCAAGUGAGGACAUUGCCGAUAUGCACAGCAACCUCUCCAACUACCACCAGUAUAUCGUGAAGUGCCACGGCAGCACGCUGCUGCCCCAGUUCCUGGGCAUGUACCGAGUUAGUGUGGACAACGAAGAUAGCUACAUGCUCGUGAUGCGCAACAUGUUUAGCCACCGCCUUCCUGUGCACAGAAAGUACGACCUGAAGGGGUCCCUAGUUUCUCGGGAAGCCAGCGAUAAGGAAAAGGUGAAGGAGCUGCCCACACUGAAGGAUAUGGACUUUCUUAACAAGAACCAGAAAGUUUAUAUUGGUGAAGAGGAGAAGAAAGUCUUUCUGGAGAAGCUGAAGAGAGACGUGGAGUUCCUAGUGCAGCUGAAGAUCAUGGACUACAGCCUUCUGCUGGGCAUUCACGACAUCAUCCGGGGCUCCGAGCCAGAGGAGGAGGGGCCCCCACGAGAGGAGGAGCCGGAGGGGGACGGAGACUCUGGCCUGGCUGGGCCUCCCGCCCUGGUGGGCUCCUACGGCACCUCCCCCGAGGGUAUUGGAGGCUACAUCCAUUCCCAUCGGCCCCUGGGCCCUGGCGAGUUCGAAGCCUUCAUUGAUGUCUACGCCAUCCGGAGUGCCGAGGGGGCCCCCCAGAAGGAGGUGUAUUUCAUGGGCCUCAUUGACAUCCUGACCCAGUAUGAUGCCAAGAAGAAAGCAGCUCAUGCAGCUAAAACUGUCAAGCAUGGGGCCGGGGCGGAGAUCUCUACGGUCCAUCCUGAGCAGUACGCGAAGCGAUUCCUAGAUUUCAUUACCAACAUCUUUGCCUAAGAGACUGCCUGACCCCGCGGUGACUGCUGCUUUAAGUCUGAGGUGGUGGGGUUCUGAGAGGUUUGAGGGACCGUACAUGCUCUGGCCACUAUCACUUUUCUUCCUCCUUUGCUCUAAAGGCUGCACGCCACUUCCAUCUCCCAUAACCCUUGGCUCCUCCUGGACCUCAGAAGCGCAUUGUCCUUUCUCCCGCCUGUCCCGUUAGUACCCCCCACCCCAGCCCCGACAAUUUUGCUUGCUAUAUUAGUGUUCGUG